GCGAGAAACAACUUUUUAUCACUCCUUUGCUGGAUUCGUUCAAAGGGCUUUUUUGUUUUUCCUAUACAUUUUUUGAAAUUUAAAGCUUCUUUUCCGAGUAUUCGUGGUUUUCUCGAUGCAAUUGCACUUUGUAUUUUCGCAUUUGCAAAACUCAUUCCGUGCUGGAAAAGCGAUGGCAUGUGUUCCCAACUGCAGAAGCGUUUUGGAACUUAGUGCUGCUUUAUACCAUCAAGGAUUUAUCAGCUCAAUUCAACGUGGUCAUAUUCAGGGACCGGAUUUGGUGCCAACGCCGACUACUAGAAGCAACGUUGCUGAGAGGAGGCUGUGGCUGUCUUUGAAGUAUUUUGAAGGAAAACCUGUUAUGAAAUAUAUUCGAGGGGUAUCCAAACCGAGCCGUAAAGUGUACAUGACCCCUAGUGAACUUCUAAACUUUUCUAAAGGAAGAACGGUUAGUUUUGUUCGAGGACUGGAGCCUGCUGAGGUAGCUAUUGUGGAAACAAAAAAAGGAAUCAUGGGUUUGGAAGACGCUAUUCGUGAACAGCUGGGUGGCCGUGUUUUAUGCCGUGUGAAAUAGAGUCUAAUCUUGUAACAAGAUUAAAAGACAGAGAAUAUUCUUGCUUGCCUUUUUCUUCUCCCCUUUCCUUUUGAAUUAUCUUAAGUAAUGCUUUCAUCCCUUGUGGAUUAUAAAAACUACUAUUCCUUGUAACGAUGGAACCAAUACAUCCAACCUUUGUAUCUGUUUUUUUUUUGUGCGUGCUCCUCUCCUUCUAAUAAUAUUUCCGAAGAAGCACAGAAUCCUAUUAUCUUGCUCCCGAAAUUUUUGCUUUGUUCCUUUUCUCAUCCGAUUAAUAACGGGAAAUGAUACCUUGCACCGAUUUCAUUACCAUUCUUUCCUCCUAUACAUAAGGGUAUUGCGUAACAGUAGAGUUGCAUAUCAUAUAUCUUCAAUGAAAAUCACUCUUCCUUUUGUUUCUUA